GCGCGCGCCGCCGGUUGGUGCCCGCGGCCGCCCGAGCACAGCGCAGACCGGCUCCGCGCCAAGCUGGCCCCCGAGCAGUGAGCGAGUCCCCCGCGAGCACGUCCCCCUCGGCCAGCAUGUCGAGCGAGGUGGUGGAGGACGAGUUUGAGUUCUACUCCAAGGCGGAGAAGUACUGGAAGGACGUGCCCGCCACGGUGGACGGCAUGCUGGGCGGCUACGGCCACAUCUCCAGCAUCGACAUCAACAGCUCCAGGAAAUUCCUGCAGCGGUUCCUGCGGGACGGCCCCAACAGGACGGGGACGACCCGCGCUCUGGACUGCGGGGCGGGCAUCGGCCGCAUCACCAAGCGGCUGCUGCUGCCCCUCUUCAAGACGGUGGACAUGGUGGACGUGACGGAGGACUUCCUCACCAAGGCCAAGAGCUACCUGGGGGAGGAGGGCAGGCGGGUGCGCAACUACUUCUGCUGCGGCCUCCAGGACUUCAGCCCCGAGCCCAACUCCUACGACGUCAUCUGGAUCCAGUGGGUCAUCGGACACCUCACCGACAACCACCUCUCCGACUUCCUGAAGCGGUGCCGCGCCGGGCUGCGGCCCAACGGCAUCGUGGUCAUCAAGGACAACAUGGCUCAGGAGGGCGUGAUCAUGGACGAUGUGGACAGCAGCGUCUGCCGGGACCUGGAUGUGGUCCGCAAGAUCAUCCGCCGCGCCGGGCUGCACCUCCUGGCCGAGGAGCGCCAGGAGAACUUCCCCGACGAGAUCUACCACGUCUACACCUUCGCCAUGAGAUGAGGGUGCCCGGCGGCCGGAGGAGGUCUCUCCAGGGCCAGCUCGGAGCAGCACGGGCAAGGACAGCGGGUCCUGCCGGGGCCGGGAGGGGCGAGGACCGUGCCUUCGCCGCGGCGGGGGGGGUGGCCGGCGGUGAGGGCGUCGCGACUCCCUCUUCUCCGGGGCUGGUGGCGAGGACGGGGCUUUGUCUUCCAAGUUGCUGCUGGUUGUGGAAAAAAAAGAGGUGUUUGCCAAAUACACGCUCCUGCUGUCGCA